AGUUUAUGUUAUAUUUUCCUUUAAGCAGUCAUGCAAGGAAGGGCUGAUCAGAGCAUGAGCCGAGGAGGAGGUUCUUCAGGGGGAAAGUCUCUGGCUCCAAGUAGAAGCACCGUCUAUAUUUCCAACUUGCCUUUCUCUCUUACAAAUACAGAUCUACACAAGAUUUUUGAGAAGUUUGGAAAGCUAGUGAGAGUGACUAUUCUUCGGGACCGUGAAACCAGAAAGAGUCGUGGAGUUGCCUUUGUAUUAUAUCUGUCUCGUGAAGAGGCCCAUGCAUGUGUUAAAGGAACUGAUGGGAAAGAAAUGUUUGGCCGAACACUCAAAGAAAAGCAUUGCGAAAGUAAUGGUCGAGCUCCUGAAUUCAUCAGGCGAAGAGAAUAUCCAGAAAAGUCAAUGUGUUAUGAAUGUGGAGAUUUUGGUCAUUUGAGUUACUCUUGCCCUAAAAAUCUGCUUGGAGAUAGAGAACCUCCUAAGAAGAAACCAAAGAAGCGAAGAGGUGAUUUCCAGGAUGAGACCAAAUUCAAGAAUGCUAAGUAUGAGGAUGACGAUGCAGAAGAGGAUGAGGAUGAAGAACCAAAGUUUGAAGAAGACUCACUCAGCGAAGCAAUCAGAUAUCAACAAGAACUAAGAGAAGCAGAAGAAUUCCAAAGUAGACUUGCAGCAGGAGAAUAUUCCAAAUGCGAGCCAGGGGUUCAUCGAGCAAAGAUAAAGCAGUCUUCCUACUUUAGUGAUGAAGAAGAACUGAGCGAUGAUUGAAAUAACAGUGAUUGGUCAGAUUGUGAGAUAAUGCAACAAUUAAAUUUUUAGUUUUGAUCCUAAGUUCUGUACUAUUGUUAUUGAGGUUCUUGUGUGCACUGUGGAAGAAUGUGAACUAGAAGCUGAGGCUGUGAACUUAAUCAUUUGGUAAUAAAAAUCCUAGAGUACAAAUGGAUACAAACGGAGAUGUGGAUUUGAUUUUGUAAACUUUGCCUUUUUUCUUUCUUUCUUUCCCCUUUUCUCUUUUUCUGUCUGCUUUGUUCCCCUAUUUUCUCAGCUUGUUUCUCUAAAAAUUACGGAUAAGGGAUCCUGUAAAAUCACAUUUAAAGGAUACAUAUUUUAACACCAAUUAUCACGAGGUGUACAGUUCCCAGGACUGAAUGUGGAAAUUUUACCAUGGACUUUGAUAUAAA